GAUGGAGGCUGAAGUGAUCAGGAUGAAUUCAGAGGUUCUGCUUCUCAGCGGCUUCGUUGUCUCAGACAAGAACUUCGAGGACGAUGACUCGGUGGACGGCGGCCGCUCCUCGUCCUCAUCCAAAGGAGCCUCGCUGUCCGGGAGGAAGACGGUGAGCAUGGGUUCAUUCCGACGUCCUGCCUCCGCCUCCAGCGCCAAGUCUGCAGGGAGGGAUGGAUCGGUUGCUGGAGCUGUGGAUGAGGAGGACUUCAUCCAGGCCUUCGAGGAUGUUCCCACCGUGCAGAUCUACUCCAACAGGGAGGUAGAGGAGGCCAUGACGAAGAUUCGAGACGUGCUGUCCGAUGACAAGAGGGACUGGGAGCUCCGAGUGGCGGCUCUGAAGAAGGUGCGCUCACUGCUGCUGGCCGGCGCCGCUGAGUUCGACGGGUUUCUGCAGCAGCUGCGUCUCAUGGAGGCGGCGUUCAAACUGUCCGCCAAAGACCUGCGCUCGCAGGUGGUGAGGGAGGCCUGCAUCACUCUGGGCCACCUGUCGUCGGUCCUCGGCAGUCGCUUCGACCACGCGGCGGAGGCCACCAUGCCCAUCCUCCUCAACCUGGUCCCCAACAGUGCCAAAGUCAUGGCCACCUCCGGCAUGGCCGCCAUCCGCCUCAUCCUCAAACACACACACUUCCCUCGUCUCAUCCCCAUCAUCACCAGCAGCUGUACCUCCAAAUCUGUGGCUGUCAGAAGGCGCUGCUUCGAGUUCUUGGACCUGCUGCUGCAGGAGUGGCAGACGGGCUCUCUGGAGAGACAUGCAACAGUUUUAAUGGAGACUAUAAAGAAAGGGGUCCACGAUGCCGACGCAGAGGCUCGCUCUGUGGCCAGAAAGUGUUACUGGAGUUUCCACGGUCACUUCCGUCGGGAGGCGGAGCAGCUCUUCCAGGGUCUGGAGUCGUCCUAUCAGAAAGCUCUGCAGGCUCACCUGAGGAGCGGAGACAGUCUGAUGUCGCUGCCCGCCUCCGAUCGCUCCUCCUCGUCCUCGCAGGAGAGCCUCAACCGACCCCUGUCUGUCAAAAACACCUUUGGAAGCAGCACAACAAGAUCCAAAGCUGCCCACAGCAGGACGCCCGCCGCGGCCUCGUCUCCGGGCUCACUCCAGCGCUCUCGCAGCGACGUGGACGUCAACGCCGCGGCCACCGCCACGGCCCGCACCAGGAUGCCCACCGUGCCCUCUGCGGUGGCGGCGGCGGGGCCCUUCAGCUCGGCCUCGGCUCUUCCCCCUGGAUCCUACGCUUCACUGGGUCGAGUACGAACCAGAAGAACGAGCGCAGGAAACGGCCCGUCAGUGACCGACAGCCGGGGACGAAGCCGAGGGAAAGUGGUGUCUCAGUCUCAACCUGGCAGUAGGUCGGGUUCACCCGGCCGACUGUUGAGCUCCACCUACGGCAGGCUCCCGAGGCCGACCAUGGGGACGGCAGCCGCCGCCGCCAACAGCACCUCCACCGCCAUGACUGACAAGAGCCGCCCCCGAGGACACCGCAGUCAUGGCUGCAGCCGAGAGACCAGCCCCACCAGGUCGAGCACAGCCCGCAGCCGAAUCCCCCGACCCAGCAUGAGUCAGGGCUGCAGCCGCGAAACCAGUCGCGAGAGCAGCCGCGACACCAGCCCCGCCAGGGGUUUCUCCCCCCUGGUGACUCGCCGACACUCCCGGUCGACCAGCGCCCUGUCCUCUGCCGAGUGCUACUCAGACCGUCUGUCCCAUCAGGCUCGGAUCUCGGCCUCCGUCAACGCCAUGAGAAUCCUCAACACCGGCACCGACGUCGAGGCAGCCGUCGCCGACGCUCUGCUCUUAGGAGACUCGAGGAGUAAGCGGAGGCCGGUGAGGCGGCGCUUCGAGUCUCCGGGAAUGUACUCGGAUGACGAUGCCAACAGCGACGCCUCCAGCGCCUGCUCCGAGCGCUCGUACAGCUCGCGCAACGGCGGCAUGGCGCCGCAUUACCUGCGUCAGACGGAGGACGUGGCCGAGGUGCUGAACCACUGCGCCAGCGCCAACUGGUCUGAGAGGAAGGAGGGUCUGCUGGGCCUGCAGAACCUGCUCAAGAGCCAGAGGAUGCUCAGUCGCGUGGAGCUGAAGAGGCUUUGUGAGAUCUUCACCAGGAUGUUUGCAGACCCUCACAGCAAGAGAGUGUUCAGCAUGUUCCUGGAGACUCUGGUGGACUUCAUCACGCUGCACAGGGACGACCUGCAGGACUGGCUCUUUGUUCUGCUCACUCAGCUGCUCAAGAAGAUGGGGGCCGACCUGCUGGGCUCCGUCCAGGCCAAAGUCCAGAAGGCUCUGGACGUCACCAGAGAGUCCUUCCCGUACGAGCAGCAGUUCAACAUCCUGAUGCGAUUCAUCGUGGAUCAGACGCAGACGCCCAACCUGAAGGUGAAGGUGGCCAUCCUGCGCUACAUCGAGGCACUGGCCCGUCAGAUGGACCCGGCCGACUUCGUCAACUCCAGCGAGACUCGCCUCGCCGUCUCACGCAUCAUCACCUGGACCACCGAGCCCAAGAGCUCCGACGUCCGUAAGACCCUUCAUAACUGGGCAGGGGAGGAGUUCUCAGGCCGAGCCAGUACCGUGGCCUCUCUGCCUGGAGAGGGCAACCUGGAGGAGAGGUGCAAGCAGGCGGCCCAGGUGGUUCUGAUCGCCCUGUUUGAGCUCAACACUCCAGAGUUCACCAUGCUGCUGGGCGCUCUGCCCAAAACCUUCCAGGACGGAACCACCAAGCUGCUGCACAACCACCUGAGGAACGCCAGCGCCAGCAGCGGCCUCGGCAUGGCGUCUCCCAGUAACUCUUCGGGUCGGACUCCUCCUCGGCAGCCCGGCAGCCGCAGCAGCCCGCUGACCUCACCCACCAACUGCUCCCACGGAGGGCUGUCACCCAGUCGGCUGUGGGGUUGGAGCGCCGACGGGCUCUCCAAGUUCCCUCCUCCAUCCUUCCCCUCCCCUCUUCCUCCGCCCGCCGCCCACUCCUCCCUCAAGGCAGUGCGGCGAGCUUACUCACCCAGCAUGCUGGAGUACGACAGUGAAAACCUGAACUCGGAGGAGAUCUACAGCUCGCUCCGCGGCGUCACCGAGGCCAUUCAGAACUUCAGCUUCCGCAGCCAAGAAGACCUGAUGGAGCCGCUGAGACGGGACGGCAAGAGGGACGGCAUGUCCGGCGUCGGGGCGUCCUCAGACUCUGGUGACGUGGUGGCCGGAGGUCGCACAGCUCUGGACAACAAGACGUCGCUGCUCAACACGCCGUCACCGCGCUCCUUCGCCGGCCCGCGCUUCAGAGACUACAACCCGUACAACUACACGGACAGCAUCAGCACGCUGGACAAAGGCGGCCUGAAGGAGGCGCUGUACGAGGACGCGGUGGAGCAGCUGAGGGACGGCAGCCGACAAGAAUGCGUUGAAAAUAAGAUCAUGAGCCCAAAAGGCUUCCCAGCUGGCCCCGCGGAGCAGCUGGAGCUGGUCGGGACUCUCCUGAAGGAGCUCUCCCACAGCCAGGCGGGGGAGCGAGGCCCCGAGGAGAGACGGGGGACCCUGCUGGAGCUGCUGAAAGUGGCCCGCGAGGACAGCCUGGUGGUCUGGGAGGAACACUUCAAGACCAUGCUGCUGCUGCUGCUGGAGACGCUGGGAGACAAAGAUCACACGAUCCGGGCGCUGGCCCUGCGAGUCCUGAAGGAGAUCCUGAGGAACCAGCCGGCCCGCUUCAAGAACUACGCCGAGCUCACCAUCAUGAAGACGCUGGAGGCUCACAAAGACUCGCACAAGGAGGUGGUGCGUGCGGCGGAGGAGGCGGCCUCCACUCUGGCGUCCUCCAUCCACCCGGAGCAGUGCAUCAAAGUCCUCUGCCCCAUCGUGCAGACGGCGGACUACCCCAUCAACCUGGCCGCCAUCAAGAUGCAAACGAGGGCCAUCGAACGCAUCGCCAAGGAGCCGCUGCACCAGCUGCUGUCGGACAUCAUACCUGGACUCCUGCAGGGCUACGACAACACGGAGAGCAGCGUGAGGAAGGCCAGCGUCUUCUGCCUGGUGGCCAUCUACUCUGUGAUCGGAGAGGAGCUGAAGCCGUACCUGGCUCAGCUCACCGGCAGCAAGAUGAAGCUGCUCAACCUGUACAUCAAGAGAGCUCAGACCUCCACCAGCAACAGCAGCAGCUCCUCCGACAUCUCCUCCUACUAACUCCCCCUCGGCUUCUCCCGCCUCCGUCACAGACAACUUUUCAUUCCAGUCGUGGUUUUAUGUCUCCUGUCGUCGAGAUGAUUCCCGUUCCCCGAGGAGCUCGUGCUUCGCGGCUCCAGUUUCCGGACCAUCCUCCUGAAUCUAAUGUUCCCGGGCGGUCAGGUGAUCCUUCCAUAACGAACCCGGCGCUCCACCUGAACCGCCUCCCUUCACACUUUAGAGUCAUGAGCCUUAAAACUUCCUGUUCCAUCCACGUACGAUGGGACCGAGCAAACACUUUGUAGAGAUCUCCUCUUCCUCCUCCUCUUCCUCCUCCUCCGACCGUCGUCUUUCACCGAGGCGAUCCUGAACCGAUCCCUCACAGUGAUCCGUCUUGUUGAACUGAACAGAACCGAGGUGAGUGUGGACCACGGAGAGGAGCGAGGAGAGCUGCGUCCGUCAGUAUUUUAUUCAUUUUAACCAACUUUUCUUUGUUUUUGCUUUGACACAUCAAACCUUGUUGUAUACUGAAUGUAAAGCUUUGACAGGUUGUGCUCCUCCCUCCUGAACUACUGCCUCAUUGUACCCGGUGGAUCAGUCUUAAAGGCGUUCUGAGCGUUUGAUGAGUUUUAGAAAGUGGCACUAAAGUCUUGAGAAGGCUGAAGACUAAUAAGUUAAAAUAACGAGCUUUCACUAGUGACAACUUAACGAGAACAACAGCAGAGAAACUGCUUCUCCUCUGCUGUCACACUCAUUAAUAUGAUAAUAAUGUGAAAUCCACGUUCAUGUCAGUUUACAUUGCAGGAUCAUUUGGCUGGCCAAUGAUUUGAAGCACUACAGAGAGUCAGAGUUGAUUAACGAAGGACCCGAACACCAGCAGAAGAUAUCAGAGACGAUAUUAAAGAUAUCACAAUGAGCAACAAUCAUUUUUAAACACGUGAAGAACAGAAAUCCGGUCCGUGUAACACGUGUCACUUCCUGUUCGUCAGUUUGAAACUACAAAAUGUUUUUACAAAUUUAGUUGAAUUAACUAAUCUCGAUUGUCAUUAACUAAAAUAUACACAUUUUCUUAAUUUAAAGUUGAUCCGACUUAAAAUUUUUACCUCGAUUGGGAAAAAAAGUUGAAUUGAAGCUAAAAAAAAAGUGUUAAAAUGAUCUGAUCUUAUAUGUGUCUGAGAGACAAGUGAGGAAAAUAAUAUCUACAUAUAUACGUAUAAAUAUUUAUGCAUGUUAGGUUAAUUUAUUUUAUUCCUUGGAGAGUCGAAACCAACUAGAUUAACUUUAAUGUGAGUUCAGUCGGAGAGCUGUCGUCUUAAAAUGGGACCAAACAUUCACAAAACCUCCACAGACAGUUCGACAACUCUUAACACUCUUAAAAUAUAAAAUAUUCUUUUUGUUUUGAAGUCCAACAACCUGAAAGAGACUGAGAACAACGUUUUCUAACUCGGAUCUGUGUUUAUGACUUUGGAACUGGUGAAAAGAAGGUUUUUGCACAAUAAUCUGUCAGUUCCUUCAUUUUAUUGAAUUUUUCAUGAGUGAAACAAUGUGAAAAAUGAAGAUACGACCAGUUAGCGUAGCUUAGCAUAAAGACUGGAAACCAAUGGAAACUACUAGCCUGGAUCUGUCCAAAGAUCCCAGCACCCGGCCGAGAAUUCAUCCAGAUGAUGAAAUAAGGUCGAUAUGAGGGUAAAAAUGAAGCUACAACCAGUUAGCUUCACUUUUUAGGAGGAAAAAUGUGCCGUGCAUGAAACAGAGUGAAAUUUCUUUCACUCAACAGACAAAUUUCUUUUUUUUACAGCUGAAUUUUUUGUCUUUUCUCGCUCAAACAUGGAAAUCAUGUUUUCAGAGAUUAUUAAUAUUUCCCUGCCAGUUCUCGAGACAUAAACACAGGAGAGGAAACAAUUAGGAUUAUUAAUAACAUGAUUAUUAAGAUGUUCUGUAGAACAAGUUCAGAAUCUUUAAUUUACGUUUAUUGACGACGGAUAUUAGAAAUGGACCUGACGAGUGUUACAUGGACCUGAUGUUGUAAUCAAACUGUGGAUUUUUUAGAAUCAUUUUCAAAGACUGAAAGUACAAAAUAAAGAAUAUGAUGAUUUUUAGAAGGAUGAAAUAAAACCACUGAAGACAGACGGGAUGUUUCUCUGCUGACUGAAGGAUGUGAAGCUGAAGGCCCGGUUCUGUUUGACCCGGGAGCUUGAUGGUUUUAACGUCUGCUGUCGAGACUACUGUGAUUUGUAGAGUUUCAUUCCAAAAUACUUUAGUAUUUAUGUCAUGUUACACUUAAAAAAUAAUCUAUAGGUCAAGACUGAAGUCUCAAGAAUAGUAUCAGUGUUUACUUUAUGGCUGACGAGCUGUUCAUCCUGUGUUCUUGUUUUAAAGAGAAGGUUUAAUGAGCGGUUCUGGGAAGAAUCUCGUCCGUAUCAGCUGUUCCUAAAUUGAAUGUAAGUCCACUCGGAGACUUCGACCGUUAAAAUGUGAAAUAUUCUCAGCAAAUGGGCCUAAAUCUGACCGAAAGAUCGACAAUCUGAAUGAUGAGAUGCUACUAAUGAAUAAAAUAAAGAAGCAGUGCUGACCGGAUGGAUCGUGAAGUGCCGGCGUGUGUUUGAUCUGUGGACAUUAGCAAUAAACUCUUUUCACGUCGAAGCACUGUAAACUUCCAUCGUGUUCCUCCUUUGAGACGCUCUCGCUGGUCAAUGUACAGAAGUGUCAUUUUUUAAAGUAUAUUCUAAUAAAAUGUUACUGCUGCUUAUUAAAACACUAACAAACGCGCCUAAUAACUCCAGCGUACGUACUGUAUCUGAGCGGAGCGGUGUGGAGGACAGUUACCGACCGACCGACACACGCAAACGUUUGAAUCCUCUGACCGGUUGAACUUUCCUGGCGUUAAACUCCGCCCGCCUGGCGCUCAAGGAAGGGUCAAACAAGCGCUACAGAGGAGGUUGAAGUCGUGUUGAAGGAGGAGGUCGACAUUUUGGGAAAAAACUGUAAUGAUUUCUUGCUGAGGAUUAGACGAGACUGAUAUCGUGGAAAAUGAAGCCAAAGCUAGUUAGCUUAGCUUAGCAUAAUGACUGGGAACGAGUGGAAACUGCUAGCCUGGUUCUGUCCGAAAGUCACUGAACCCAGCCAAGGAAUAGUUCAGAUGAUGAGAUGGACGGUUGAUAUCACAGUGACAAUUAAGCUUCCACCAGUUAGCUUAGCUUAGCAUAAAGACUGGACAUAGAGGGGAAGUGCUAGCCUGGAUCUGUCCAGAAGUCACUGCACCCGGCCAAGAAGUAGUCCAGAUGAGAAGAUUGAUACCUGAGUAGCUAUGAAGCCAAAGUGAGUUAGCUUAGCUUAGCAUAAAGACUGGGAACAAAGGGAAACAGCUAGCGUGGUUCUGCCCUUAAGUUCACUGCACCCGGCCAUGAAAUUAUCCAGAUGUUGAAUGAUUGAUGCCACAGUAGAAAUGCAGCUACAACCAGUUAGCUUAGCUUAGCAUAAAGACUGGGAACAAAGGGAAACAGUUAGCCUGGUUCUGCCUCAAAGCCACAACACCGGGCCAAGAAAUGGUACCGAAAAGUCUCGAAUGUCAGCGGAAAUUGACUCAAACAGUUAAGUGUGACGGGUUACACAGACCAGGCUAGCUGUUUCCCCCUCUCUCCAGUCUUAAUGCUAAGCUAAGCUAACAGCUAGUAUCAGUACCAGCUGACUCUCAGUAAGAAGACGUUAGCUUCCCAGAAUAUCGACCCCCGUCCGUGACCCGAAGUGAAGGAUGACGUUACUGAAGAUCUUCUGGCCUUACUUCAUCUCUUCAGACUCGAUAACUCGGACUGUUAAAUGUUCUGCACCGCCGCCGCUUUUCUCAGCGCCGAGACGUCGACCGGCGUCAAACUCUGGACCGAAUGUUUCCUCCAGAACCAAUGAAGUCGUCCACAGUGACCCAGUGUUUGCCCAGCGACUGAAAAAAAAACUUCCCUUUACUCUUUUUCUACAUGUCAGACGUCCGUGUGCGUCGAGAAGAAAACUCUGAAACUGAAAAUUGAGAAUCUGAAUUUGAAACCUGUUGAUUUCCUGAACGUGUGCCUUUGGAUCAAGAGUUCUGGCGACACACGUGGCGGUCCUGUGCGAUACUAACCCGUACUAACACUACGACGAACGCGCUGCUUCUUCAGGUGGAGCGACUCGGAGAGAGAGCAGAGCUGUACAUAAGCUUCAGGCCUCUCACAGUGCAUGGCUCCUGGUUACCAGUUUGAUUUCACCCUCCACUAUAUUUAUGUUUUACUUCCUGUAUAUAUUUACAUGUUUGGUUCUUUCACCUGUGAUAGACUUUGCAGAACUUGAAAUAAACUAUCAGACUUCUA